UAUCGUCAGAGGCCAGUUGGUGGUUUGGAAUGAGAGUCGGUCUGUGUGUGUGUCAUAAGAAGUAAAUAUGAAUGAUGACGAAAAUUUCGAUUUUUUAUUCAAAAUUGUUUUGAUCGGAGAUUGCGGAGUGGGCAAGACUUGCGUCGUACACAGGUUUCGUUCCGGGACUUACGUUCAACGCUAUGGGAACACGAUAGGGGUCGAUUUCGCUAUGAAAACCUUAACUAUCGAAGGGAAAAGAAUAAAGCUCCAAAUCUGGGAUACUGCCGGACAGGAGAGGUUUCGUACUAUCACUCAAAGUUAUUACCGUAGUGCAAAUGGUGUUAUAAUUGUCUAUGAUAUCACAAAGCGUGCUACCUUUGAAAGUGUCCAACAUUGGGUGGAAGAAGUUCGACGUUUUACUGCACCCGACAUUCCACUUUUAUUAGUGGGCAAUAAAUGUGAUAUGGAAGCACUUCGUGAAGUAGCAACUGAAGAAGCAGAAUUUCUAGUUCAUCAGAUACCACAAUUCACAGCAGCAAUAGAAACUAGUGCAAAAGAAGAUACCAAUGUAGAACAGGCUUUUGUAACUCUGGCGACGACAAUGAAAUAUAUUUACGAUACAUCGGGUCAUAUCAAAAUGCAAGAAAAUAAAAACUUAUCAUUGAACACGACCUCUAUAGGUUCUCGAAUUCAAUGUUGUCAUUCAUAAAUGUUUUUCAUCAAAUGAAAAACAUGGGAACAUUUUAAUAUAUAUAAUUGAAUAAUAGCAGAAUUUAAACAGAAGUGAAAAGUUAAAAGAUUUAAUUUUAACAUAUCAUUUAAAAAUCUUAUUUUGUACAUUCCAUUUUAUAUUAAUCAAAUUUUCAUUAAUAAUAUAAUUAGUUUUCAUUUCUGUUUUAAAUUCUGUUACCGAAUAUCAAUAGUAUUGCUUUAUAAAAAUUUCGUUCACAUCUGCAAUAAGCCAGCAUUUUAAACAGGCUAUUUAAAUAAGUAUUUGAAUUUUAAAACAAAUUAAUUUUGAUGGUACAAGUCUAUUGUGAACAUAUAAUAUAUGCAAAAUAAGUUUAGCAUACAUUCAGGUAUUACUCUCACAACAGUAAACAUAUAAAUUAUCAUAACAAAACACAGCAAUUCUCCAUAUUAUUUUAGUGCCAUACGUGUUUUAUAGCACUUUUUUCAUAAUUCUAUUCAUUUGAAUUGUUUAGUGCCUGAAUUCUUUCAAUUUUUGUGCCUUGUUUUUACAAUUUUCAAUUGAAAUAUAUUCUUCAUUUCCAAGAAUUUAUAUAUACAUAUAUUGUUCUAUUAAUAAUCUUGUUAAAGCUUGAUCUCAUUUGAAUUUGGCAAAUAAUAGAUAAUUAUUUUUAUCAAAUUUGUUGAGCAGAAACUUCUGCUAUGAUUCUAUAAGAAUCCAGAAUUUAAUUCUCUAGUCAAGUCAACUACAGUAGAUAAUUAUACAUGAAUAUUGCCUCAAAUCCACUGUGAUAGAUUGAUUGAAUGUGCAGUCUAACCAAUGGCAUAAUGCUAAUCCUCAUCAUUACAUUUCAUUUAGUUUAUGGUAAUAUUUUAAAAAUUGCUGAUAGAGGCUCAUUUUGCCCAAUUUAACGUUUCUCGUUUAACAGAAUUUCACUUCAUUAACUUCACAGAUUCAUAAAAAUCUGUUAAUAUUUAUCAAAAGCUUACAAGGCAUUGAUUCGACAACAGUGAUUACUACUCCAUUCUCUGACAAUAGAACAGUCAAAGAUAUAAAUUUAUAGAUCUUAAAUGACAUUCUACAAAUAUUUUUAAGCUGUUUGAUUUAAUGAGUGAACUGUUUUCUUCUAUAGUUUUGUAAACACAAUCAGGGAUAUACUUAUAAAAUCAGGUAUAUUCAACACACAAAUUUUGGAUUUAUGUAUUAAGCAGUCCAUUGUCCGAGUCUAUAUGAAAUCAUAUUAGAAAAUUAUUUUCUCUCCUAAUUUAUAUAAAUAAGUGUAAUGUAUAUAAAGGCAUAAAAUGUUAAUCUAUUCUUUCAACUAGAUAAUCCUUUAAGAUUAGGAUCGCACAAUCAGUUUACUUAGUUUUCCCCUAUAAUUCAGUUAAUAUAUUUUGUGUGUAUAUAUUUUUUUAAUUUAAAUAUUUGUAUAUAUUAAGAUUUUAUGUUCAUACUAUACUUCUUUUUAGCAUUUGUGCCUUACUAAAAUAUUUGAAUUAUGAUGUUUUUUAAAGUUUUUUAUUGGAUAAUGUGGGAUUUUGGAAGUUUAUUUUAUGAUUGCAUUGUUUUUUAAAGAGUUUUAUCUUAAUAAAAAUUACAAUUUCAAACUCAUUUUUUACAGACAAUCAUAUUUGAUCAAAAAUACUAUUACAAUAGAAUUAUUCACAAUAUUACUAAAUUAUGUAUAUUCAAGAUACCCAAUUUUAUGAUGAAUAAAUAAUCGUGAAAUAUAUUUAAUAUAUAUAUAAAUUCUAAGAUUAUCUUUCAAUAUAACUAAUGAAUUUUCAUAUUCUUGAUUUUGUAUUUUCAAAAAAUACAAUAUUUUCCAACAAUACAAAUUUUAAGAUUUGUACAAAUGAAACGUAUCCAAACAUUCCGACUAGAAUUAUUCUCUUUAAUCAAUAUAUAUAUAUUAAAUGAACAUGUUCAAAACAAGGGAAUCAAUUUAAUCCUGAAUAUUUUUGAUGAUCAAAGUGUGUCUGACAAGUAAUUAAAUAAUGAGCAAUAGCGUAAAUGGCCUUAAAAGUAAAUGAAAUGUAUCAAUUAUAAAAUCCUGUAUUUUACCAUUAAGAAAACUGUAAUUCAUUAUAAUUUUUUAAUAAAUUUACAUGAAAAAAAUUGCUCAUUUUGAAUGUAAAAGUAUUGAUUAAAAGUUUUGUAACAUUUAUUGUGCC